GACGGACCGCAGUCGGGUAUAAAGCUGGCCAGCAGAACAGUCCAGAGAUCAGUUCAGAACAAGAGUUCAACAAGAGCGCUACCAAAACCAAAACCAAACAGCAAAAUGAAAUUCGCCAUCGCCGUUGUCUUCACUCUGGCCCUCGCCAUGGGCGUGCAGUCGUCGGUGAUUCCCCUGCUCUCCUCUCAGGUGGCCGGACAUGGACUCUCGUACACCGCCGUCUCUGGACCCGCUCUGCUUGCCUCUCCCUGGGGACCUGCUCUCGGCGCUCCCUGGGCUCAUCCCGCCGCCGCCUGGCCCGCAGCCGUGAGCGUCGGCUCCUGGCCGCCAGCAGCUAUCCACGCACCCGCUGUCGUGGCUGCUGCCCAUGGGCCCGCCGUUGUCGUUGGCCCUGUUGCCCAUGAGGGUGUGUACACGGCCCAGACCCGUGGUGCCAUCCACACCGCUCCCCUGGCCGGACACAUCCAGUCGGUGGCCGCCAUCAAUGCUGCCCCCGCACCCGGAACCCUGUAAGUGACAGGAUCUCUCCUGAUAGUUUCCAAGUCCACCAACUACGAUCGGACCGCCCCGCCAUGCCAUGGAACUGCCAUUGAUGAACCACAAUACUGUUGUACACAAAUGUAUAUAUAUAUAUAUAGAUCUAUAUAGACAGGGUACUCGCACCUAGCACUUGAACUUCAACCUCAACCCCAUAACUAGCCAUCAAAAUUCCCUUUCGACCCAAGCACCAGUCAGCAACCAACACUGGCUGGUGUCUCUCUCUCUUGCGCUCUUUAUAGUAUUUAUUUCGAAUACAUUUUCCAAGCAUUCCUGGCAAAACAAAACAGAAGAAGGACUUUCCUUUGAAGGAACGCUGCGAUCAUUCCAUGGGGAAAUGUUUGAAAUUAUGCAAAAUAAAGAAAAUGUAACUAA